UGUUUGGUAUGUUAGUUCCCGUUACAGCGUAGAAACUCGCCUUCCAGCUUGUUUCGGCAACCCGUUAUUUUCAUGCAAACCCUCCCAACACAUACCGAAACAGCAACGCGUCACCUCCAAUAAUGUCGGACGCGAAAAGCAGCGAAUAUGCGAUUUUGUACAUCCCCACCGCCACAGUCACCGGCCCCAGCAGCACCACCAUCGCACCGCACCCACCAUCGCAGAUGGACGACGACAACGAGUACGAUUAUUUGAUUCCGAACAUCCGUGGCCUCAGCAGCACCACCGCCACCGCCACAGUAACCGGCCUCAGCAGCACCACAGCCACAGUAACCGGCCCCAGUACCGCCACCGUCACAGUCACCGGCCUCAGCAGCACCACAGCCAACAGUAAAUUAGUGUUCCCGAUAGACAACGCUGUUGAGUUGUGUAGGUUGGGAGCAGAACAGGAUGAAAGACCGGUAGAAUUAUUUGCGGCUCUUGUCGGCGUUAUUGCGGUCGGUUUUGCGAAAAAGGGGAAAAACUUGAAGAACUUGAAAGGGGAUAAGCUGUUGAAGAAAACGAUCAAUUUCUUCCUCACAAACGAAUUCCUCAGCACUUGUGUGUGGGCUUCCCCAAACCAAAAAAAACCCAACGCCAUAUCGUACCACGUUUCAGCGCUCAAUGCCCUAUAUAAAGCACAUAAGCAUUUCGACAAGACUUACGAGUUCUCCGACUUCGAGAAGCAAAUGCGCCGGUUCGUGAGCAAGACGCGAGUCAAGUAGGUGGUCGUGGAAGAGGAAGAGGAGGAGGAGGUGGAGGAUUAAUUACGCCAUCAGCUGUCGCAGAUUUGGAUUUGGUCGCAGAUCAUUAUCAUUAUUAUCAUUAUCUAACUUCUUUUCUCUUGAAUUGCCUUACCUUGUUUCCUAGUAUUUCUUUUCCUAGUUCUUUUAAAAAAUUCUUCUAAUUCUA